UGAUACAACCAUAGAAAAAAUGAGGAAAAUUAGAAAAAUGAGAUAUAGAUUAGGUAUAUUGAUAUUAAGUAUAUAAAGAUACAUGAAAUGAAUACUCAGUCUUACAUUCGUUUGUACAUAUGAUAUAUAUACACACAUGAGUAAGUAAAUACGUACAGUGAGGUGACUCAUGAAUGUAUAAAUUAUAAAUAUGGUAGGUAAAUACGUACACUGAGGUGAUUCAUGAACGUAUAAAUUAUUACACUCAUAAUGCACAUAUACAUAUACGUAUAAAUUAAAACUAAAAUUUCGUUUUUAAAAAACGACUAUUUUUCAUCAUAAUAAAGCAGAAAUAUAUAUUAUGAUAUAAUAUUACGAAAUUAUUGUAAAAGUUGAUCAACCAGUGAAUUUUCCUCGUAAAAAUAAACUAGAUGAAAACCAUCUAGAGUUUUAUAGUUCGUGCCACAAACGUCGCUAUGAAACUGUCGAAAGAACGUAAAGAAUGCAUGCGUUACGUUGAAUAAAAGAAACGUUGUUUCAGCGUCGAAACGUCGAUUUGUUGUGGAAAAAGUGAAAAAGAUAUAAUUAAUAUCAUGUUUGUUUAUUUCUUAUUGUAAUGCAUCAAUUAAGUUCAUCCUUUCUUGUAUUGUGUAUAAUUCUUCCGUAUGCAUAACUAGUAUUGAAAUAGUACUUUCAAUAACCUAACCUCUCUAAAAUACGUUGAGAUUUUAUACAAAAUCUGUGAACAGAAUGGCGGUGGGAUCGACUAAAGUAGUACAAGUGACAAAUAUUGCACCUCAAGCGACGAAAGAUCAAAUGCAAACUUUAUUUGGAUACCUAGGAAAAAUAGAAGAUAUCAGAUUGUAUCCUACUAUACGAGACGUCGCAGUACCUGUUCAAUCUCGUAUUUGCUAUAUAAAAUUUCACGAUCAAGGAUGUGUUGCAGUUGCUCAGCAUAUGACAAACACUGUCUUUAUUGAUCGUGCAUUGAUUGUAAUACCUUACCAGAAUGGAGACAUUCCAGAUGAACAAAGAGCCCUUGAAUUAACAAAUAACGGCACAGUUGUUCCCGGUCUUUAUCCUUCUGAGCCCAAAUUACCACCAAAUGUUGUAAAUGCAAUAGAAGGGAUCCCUCCAAAUCAUGUUAUUACUACUAUGGAUCCAAAAUUAGAGGCAAACGGAUUACCACCUUAUCCACAUUUACCUGGUCAUUUAGACAGUAGAAGAAUUGAAGAAAUAAGAAGAACACUUGUUCUGGCUAAUUUAGAUCCUUCUGUAACAACGGAUCACUUAUUAGAUUUCUUCAGUAAUAACAAUGUUGAAGUGAAGUAUUUACGUAUGUGUACCAGAGAUUCAGAUACAGAGCACUAUGCACUGGUCGAACUCUCUGAACAAGCAGCUGUAGUUUCUGCAUUAUUAUUGAAUGGAAAGCUGCUCAUGGAUAGACCAAUUAAAAUUUAUCAUUCAACUCAAGCAAUAGCAAAGCCGGAAGCAAAAAGUAAUGAAGCAGCACAAAAAGAAAUAGAAGAAGCUAUGUCCAGAGUAAAAGAAGCUCACAAUUUAAUUUCAGCUGCGAUAGAUCCAAUGAUUGGAAUGCUGUCGAAGGACAAACGAAGUCGCAGUGGUUCUCGCAGCCGAAAGUCUCGAUCCAGAUCCAGGGGGCGUAGUAGACGAUCCAGAUCGCGCAAAAGAUCACGUUCCCGUCACAGGCGUUCACGUUCGCGUCAUCGACGAAGAUCAAGAUCUCGAUCGAAACGUUCUCGCUCUAAAGAUCGCAGACGAAAGUCACCGUCUCGUAGAAGAAGUAGCUCUCGUGGUCGACAUCGAUCUCGUUCUAGAUCUCGUCGUUCUCGAUCUCGUAGAUCAAGAUCUAAAUCCAAAGAUCGCAAAAAAAGAUCUCCUCGUCGAAGAAGCCGUUCUCGGUCUCGGAGUAAACGUUCGAAAUCAAAGUCUAGACGAUCUAGAUCUAAAUCCAAGUCCAGGUCUUCAAAGUCCAAGUAUUCUGAGAAAUCAAAAGAUAAAGACAAAGACAGAAGAAGCAAAGAUAAAUCAGAUAAUGGCAAAAAGAAUGACGGUGACAAGGCUGAUAAAGAAAAGAGUGAAAAGAAAUCUAGCAAAGAAAAGAAAUCUGACAAAGAAUCAAAAUCUGAAGAAAAAAAUAGAAAUACAUCCGAAAAUAGCGAAACAAAGGAGAAAAUGGAAUCUGAAACUUGAACCUUAAUAAAUUUUGAUCUAGAAAAAUUUAUUUGCGUCUUUCGAUCAUUUUGGUAUUUUAAUGUUACGUUAUAUUAUGAUGUAUCGAUCAAUAAAAGAUAUAAAAUUUUCGAAGAUGCUUUCAGCUUGUAUGUACAUGUAUGUGCAUAUAUUAAUACAAUUGUAAUAACAUAAAUAAUGAAUACAUCUCUAUUGCUAUAUUUUAAUUCUUUGCCUAAUCUUUAACAAACUUGGUAAUUAAUAAUAAAUAUAAUUAUUCUAUAUUUAAUCCCUUUAAAAUCAUUUUGAAUACAUAUACGUAUUUGUUAAACAAUAUUCAAUUGUUAUAACUAUUUGACAUGUGACAUAAAUUUUGUAGACUUUUAUAAUAAUAUAAAAUAUAUGUAAGCACAAUUUCAAAUUAUCAAAAACAAUAAUUAUCAAAUUUAUAGAAUUUCAGAAAUGUUUC